UCUUUCAGCUAAAUGUUGAUUGGCGGAAGUUGGCAAGUUUACUGAAAAGGAUGACGUUUGUGAAGCGGCCUCUUCUUCUCCAGAUAUUACUCCUUAUAUUCGGGAUACAGAGAUCAGUAGUACAAGCAGGACGGAAGGGUGCAGGGGGAGGGGGUGACAUAAACCGUCCUGACGAGGAUCCUACAGAGAUUCCAACGAGUGACUACUUCUUCAUAGUGGACACGGAGAAGCUGCUCAGCAACUACUCAGUUGUAGAAGGGUCACGUGCUAAGGCACUUGAGGCUGUUAACGUUAAAGAGCAAACUCGGUACAAUAACGAUCAGGACAAUUUAGAACUGUGUACCUACUGCAGAGGGAAGGUAGGGAACAGUACAACAGAUGUGGAAUGCAGAGACAACUCCCGACAGAUCUGUUGGUCUAGUACUGGGUGUUACCGUCUCACCUUCACUGACUUUACGUCUCAACUUUACCACAUAGAAAAGGGCUGUUGGAAUGAGGACUUUAGUGGGAUGUAUGGUAUGUGUAUGAAGAAAUGCAACACCAAGAGGGAGGGGCUACCAGACCCAGCCCAGAGAAUCAACUGCUACUGUGAGCUUUGUCACGGCCCCAUGUGCAACCGAGAAUUAUUGAUAUCAGGAGCACGGUCCGUGUUUAUAGGGGUGAAGAUCACAGUUUUAGCGGCUCUUCUGUUUCACAUGAUCCGGUUGUGAUGUUUGGUUGUGUAUCCCUGAUCCUGCAAUAGUAGUUAGUCAGAGUAAUGAUAAGUGGGGGGUAACCUCACACGUGUGAGAUAAGUAGCUGAUAAGUUAGGGAGAUAAGGUGAACUAUAAGCUCAUUGUUGUCAUCUUUUUACCUAUAUUUUCUUGAGAUUACAUCCUUUAUACAGUUUCUCAUCUUCGUCAGAUAUGAUGAGAUUGACUCAUGGCUGAUUGAGUGGUGUUGAGAUAUUGGGCUAC